AUGAAAUCUCUCGCUUUUGUCGCCGUCGCACUCUUAUCCGCUGUCAAUGCUGCCAAUGUCACCUUCAAGGUCAUUGCCCCUACUGCUUCAAAGCAAGUCCAAGUCAACAUUGAUGGUACUUUGACCGCCUUAAAGGCUGCUGAUGCUGAUGUCCCUUACUACACUGGCUCUGCUGAUUUGCCUGAUAACUCGUCUUACAAGUACGUUGUUGAUGGUAAGGCUGAAAACUUUACUCGUUCUUUCUCUGGCGGUGAUGCUACCAAGAACGAAUUCUUUGAGCGUGAAGUGACCUAUGCUACCAAUAUUCCCGAAUUACCUAGCAUCCUCUCAAACGGUUCUUGGACCCGUGGCUCUACAUCUGAUCCUAUUUGGGAUUCAAACUAUAUUCCUUCCAUCUUUGUCACUGGUGUAGAGUCCGAGAUGGAGGAUUUGAUUGAAAAUGUUCCCAAGACUACCUACAAGGCCAAGAUCACUUUCAUUGGCCCUGAUUCCGUAAAGUCUAUCGAGAACUGUGUUUUUGGUCUCCACAGACCUGGUCGUAAGAACAACGAUGCCAAACAAUCUUGGGUCUGGUCUCUCCCUGAAGAUACCUUUUAUGCUGACCGUAACUGGUUCAAGAUCAGACACAUGGAAGAAGAUCCCACUCAACUCCGUGAAAAGCUCUAUGCUGAUAUUGCUCGCAACAUUGGUACAUAUGCCAAUGAAGCCAAUCUUGUUCGUUUCUUCAUCAACAAGGAGGGAAUGGGUACCUUCAACAUGCUCGAUGAUGUUAUCAUGUAUUCUUACAUUAACGCCAUGUUCUAUGGUGGUAAAGCCCCUGAGCAAAUGGGUCCCCUCUAUGAUGGUGGUUCCGGUGCUGACUUCAACCCUGCCACUGGUUACGAUAACUUUGUUCCCAACGUAGAGUCUCCUCUUGACCAAGAUGCCAUUGCUCCUUUCGCCAAGGCCAUCGCUGCUGUCGAUUUCUCCAAGGAUGAUGAAGUCGAAGCCAUUGCUCAAUACUUUGAUUACGAUCAAUUCCUUCGUUUCAUGGUCAUGGAAUUCCUCACUGGUUCUUGGGAUGCUUACUGGCAAGAACAAACCAACGAUGGUGCCUACAUUGAUACCAACGAAAACAAAUUGUACUAUCUUGCUCAAGAUUUCGAUGCUACUUUCGGUGUCAACCUUCCUUUCGAUAAGGACUUUGUCAACAAGUCAUUCCAAGACUGGGUCAAGCAAUUCCCUAACGCCUUCUUGAUCAACAAGUUCCUCUCCAACCCCACUGUUAACGACACUUUCCAAAACUACUUGAAGACCACCGUCGAGGAAAUCUUCAACUAUGAUACUCUCAAGGCUUAUGUCGAAGCUCGCCAUAACUUCAUCUACCCUGAUCUUGAAUGGGAUCGUUCUAUCAAGCAAAGAUCUCCUGGUAACAUCUUUGGCUGGACCGCUGAGCAAACCACUGAAAACUUGUACGAGGCCGUCACUGCUCCUGGACCUAAUGCCUCUUCCACCGGUGGUGCUCAAUUCGGUCUUCUUGAAUGGGUCCAAUUGAAGGAGAAGUCUCUCAGAUCUCAACUCAAGAUGGCCUCCAAGGCUACUGAAGUUUCUGGAUCAUCUGCCCCUGUUGCUGCUGCCUCUACUGACGACUCCAAGAUUGCUGUUGCCUCUGCCUCUGCUGAUGAAUCCAAGAUUGCUGCUGCCUCUGCCUCUGUCAAGGAGGCUGUUUCUGCCAAGGAACAACUCGCUACAUCUGCUGCUGGCAAGACCCUUCCCCAAGUGUUGUCUGCUGUCGCUGUUGUCGGUGCCGUUGCCGCUCUUCUCUAA